AUGUGGCUUACCAUAGUAUUCGUCGUUCUUCUACAUGGAUACUGCUAUUCAUACACUGCCCCAAGCUACACCAACGAGACCGACCCUUAUCUAGGUCUCAGCCCGCCUGUGUAUCCCGCACCGCAGGCCAAGGGGUCCAGCAACCAACACUGGGCCGAUGCGUACAGCAAAGCUCGCCAGCUGCUUUCCGAACUUACCUUCGAGGAGAAAGUAAACCUGACUGGAGGUCAUGUGGGCCGCUGUGUGGGCAACACUGCCGCGGUGCCACGACUUGGCUGGGAACCGAUGUGUCUGUCGGAUGGCCCGAGUGGUGUGCGUGACUUUGAGUUCGCUUCAGGAUUCCCUGCCGGCAUUCAUCUAGGAGCGACGUUUGACAAGAAUCUCAUGUACCGCUAUGGUAAGGCCGUCGGUGAGGAGUAUCGCGACUUGGGUCUGAAAAUCGCGCUUGGGCCUAUGGGGGGCCCUUUAGGUCGAAUCGCGCGUGGAGGGCGCAAUUGGGAAGGUUUCAGCAACGACCCAUAUCUUUCAGGAGCUGCGAUGGGACGCGUCACGAAGGGCAUGCAGGAGACGGGCACCAUUGCUGUUGCGAAGCAUUGGCUCGGCAACGAGCAAGAAGAGCGCCGUAGGGCGGAGCUUGGUAAAGGCGAAGCCAUUUCGUCCAAUAUCGACGACAGGACGCUUCACGAGCUGUAUGCAUUUGCUUUCAUGGAUGCAUUGCGGGAAGGCGCUGCAGCUGUGAUGUGCAGCUAUCAGAGGCUCAACAACUCAUAUGCAUGCCAGAACUCGAAGCUCAUCAACGGCGUUCUCAAAGAAGAGCUGGGCUUCGAAGGCAUGAUCAUGUCCGACUGGAAUGCCGUAUAUGCUGGAGUCGCUUCUGCCAACGCAGGUCUUGAUCUCAACAUGCCAGAUGCCGGUUGGUGGGGUGGCAAUCUCACCGACGCGGUCAACAACGGCUCCGUUGAUGCUGCCAGACUAGAUGACAUGGUUGUCAGACAUUUGGCUGCAGCCUUUUAUGUUGACCUACAGGCGCAGAAGGCCGGUUCGAUACAUCGGCCAAGAUCGCAAGAUCAAACUCCACUCGUUGCCGUUACUACAGAGCACGACGCGCUUAUACGUGAAAUUGGUGCUGCCGGUACGGUAUUGGUGAAGAACAAGGGCGACUUUCUACCUUUGAAGAACCCGAGGUUCCUGACGAUCUAUGGUUACGAUGCUGAGUCAAGACCGAACCCUUGGGGUAACAACCCUGGCAUCUUCGGCGGCGGUCCUGAAGAGAAUUGGGCUUGGAACACUUACAACGGCACACUUAUCACUGGUGGUGGUUCAGGCUCCACAACUCCUGCGUACGUUAUCAGUCCCUUCCAUGCCAUCGUUGAACGAAUGGCCGCCGUUCAAGGUACGGUACGCUGGAAUUUCAUUUCUGAUAAUCCGGGACCGCCGUAUCCGGAUGCUGACGCCUGUCUGGUGUUCAUAAAUGCCUACGCCUCGGAAAAGUUUGACCGGGUGUCUUUGACAGAUGAGUUCUCGGACCGGCUAAUCAACAAUUUGGCGGCAAAUUUCACCAAUGUGGUAGUCAUUGUUCACAGCGCAGGGAUUAGAGUCGUUGACCCAUGGAUCGAGAACCCCAACGUCACAGCUGUACUGUUCGCAGGUGUGCCUGGACAGCAGGCAGGAAACUCGAUUGCUGAUAUUCUAUGGGGCGACGUCAACCCUUCAGGCAGACUUCCUUAUACCGUAGCCAAGAACGAAAGCGACUAUGGCGAGUUGCUCAACUCGACUGUGAGCGAAGGUCCCUUCCCACAAGACAACUUUACCGAGGGCCUCUACAUCGACUAUCGAGCCUUCGACCGCGACAACAUCGAACCGCGAUUCGAGUUUGGCUUUGGUCUCAGCUAUACUACCUUUGAAUACUGGAUCCAGAACCUGAUGAGUGAGCCCGCCUGGACAGACCAUCGAGAGUAUCCGAACGCAAGCCGGCCUGUCGUCCAAGGCGGCCACCCAGAUCUCUGGGACCCUGUGCUGUCAGUGCGUGUAGGUGUGGGCAAUACGGGCACCCGCGCAGGAUAUGGCGUGCCCCAGCUAUACGUCUCCAUCCCGAACGCUCCCAAAAUGCAGCUUCGGGGAUUCGACCGAGUAGGCCCACUGCAGCCCGGAUUCAUGCGGUACGAAACCUUCUACCUCACUAGGCGCGAUCUGAGCAUCUGGGAUGUAGAAGCGCAGAGCUGGAAGCUGCAGAACAGUCAGGACUACUACAUUGCCGUGGGAGCGAGCUCACGAGAUCUGCAUGAUGGCACAGUGUUUCGACCCUCGAUGGCAGAUCAAGUCUUGGAUAAGAAGCAGAAGUCCCAGGCGUUCGUGGAGGCGCGGACGGGUCUGUAA